AAGAGGGAGCGACGCAUUAUUGCAGUAUAGUUCCAUCAGAGAUACGUGCAAAAAAAAAAAAAAACUACCGCACUAACCUAAAAUCCGACACACACUCAACGACAGACAGACAACGGUGGUUAGACUAGGGGGGGAAUAGUAAAAUUAUAUAAUCAGUGAACCCUGUAGGUAUCUGAUAUUGAACGUUUGUCUUUUUUUGUUUCAAGUACCGUGGACUACAGUUCUGUUUUUGGGCUUGUGAUUAUUUAGCCUAUUUCUCGAUUUGCGUUAUUUUAUUCCAAGUUCUUGAGUGUGUAUUUUUGGAUUCAGAUACGAUUCUUGGAUUUAGAACUGUUUUCUCCUAAAAUGUAUAUCUCUAUAUGAAUCGUUCACUUUGGCAAUCUAUUUUCCUUUCUUCGAGGGUGAACUGUUGCCAGAUGCGCGCUUCGGUAUUGCGGCACUUUCCGUGAUGACUUGUAAAGGGAAAACGUCGUUUUAGUAAUUUCAGCACAAACUCACAGGCACUCCCGCAAUUAUUAAAACAGCGAGUAGGAUAAUUAAUCGAGUCGUUUAAUUUAUCUGUGUGAUCACAGACAGUUUCUAGUUCUUCUGGAGUUCACCGAGUUUUUUUUUUCGAAAUCACCUUUCUGGCUCGAACCGCUCUCCUCUCUCUCUCUCUCUCUUUCUCUCAGUGAGUCAGUCUUUUAAGCAGCUGCAAACGAGAUGUCUGCUCCAGCACCCGAUGCUGCUGCCCCAGCAGGGGCCCCCGGAGCCCCAGGGGCCCCUGGUGGAGAAGGGGGUGCUCCAGGAGGUGGACCCCCACCAGCUCCCCCCAACCUCUCCAGCAACCGCAGAUUGCAACAGACACAGGCGCAAGUAGAAGAGGUGGUGGACAUCAUGCGCGUGAACGUGGACAAGGUACUGGAGCGGGACCAGAAGCUGUCGGAGCUGGACGACCGGGCCGACGCCUUGCAGGCCGGGGCCUCCCAGUUUGAGAGCUGCGCCGCCAAGCUGAAGAACAAGUACUGGUGGAAAAACUGCAAGAUGAUGAUCAUGAUGGGAAUCAUUGGAGUCAUCGUGGUCGGAAUAAUUUUCUUGUAUUUCUUCUCUUGAGCUGACCCCUGUGUGGAAGGACACAGACUCCACAAUGACAAAGGGAGGGCGGGGGGAGGGGAACAACAAAACCUUCAAACUCUACUCUCCUUUUCCCUCUCUCCCUCCCUCCCUCCCUCCCUCUCUCCCUCGACCCCACCCUCUCUCCACACCGAAGUCUUCCAUCCAACCAUCUUGCACUUAAAAUGUGUCGGUAGUGUGUAGACAUCGAUAUCUCUGCUCUCUUCCCUCCCUAACCCUUUUUUCCCUCACUCGCUCUUUCUCUUUUUGGAUCAGCAUGUCUCUUGCUCUCUCACCGUCUCUGUGUCUAAUGCAUUAUUGAAGGGUCCGGCUGACACAAAUAAGAGGAGUUUGACAGAGAGAGAGAGAGAGAGAAGGAUGUGAAAAAAAGAGUGGGAAGGAAGGAGACAACGAGAAGGAUAGGAAAGGCAGAGAGUAGAAGAAAGAGAGGAGGAGUGUUUUGGGAAAUAUAGCAGGUGAUAUGGAUUACAUUUUCUAAAUCCUAAUUACGCCAAAGCUUGUUCAUUUUACCUUUUGGAAGCUUCUUGCAUUUGUAAAUUGAUACUGACAUACCUAACAAUGUUCCAGCCUCCUACCAUUGCUACUAUUACUAUUACUAAUAAUAAUAAUAAUACAAACUCAUGAUUAUGAUAAAGAUAAUAUGAAUAAUUUUGUUGUGUUUGUGUACUUGUGAACUAAAUCUUUGUAGCUAUUAGCUUUCCCCAAAUUCUGUUUAUUUUGCUCUUCUGGUGUUCCUUCCUUUAUCUCCUUUUCCAUCAUUCUCUCUGUCUGCUUCUGUGAAAGAAGGUGCAGAGAGACUGAAGGAAAGAUGAGGAAGAAUUCAGUUAAGAUUUUAAGUUGAUUAUCUUAAGUUUUGGUGUGUCUCUAUACUUGCGCCACCAUCAGACAGGAAAACAGAUGCAGAAUAAACCAGGGAAUGCAGGAAAAUGCAUAAAGAAAAUAAAAUAAAGAGACAUAAAAAGAGACACAAAUAUUGUAAACAACACAGGUUUGAGACUCGCAGUCUCUUUGCUGUGCGAUCAGGCACGUUCUGAAUCCCCCCUGACGAUGACGCGCCUAACAGGCUGCCCGGUAAGCAACGUGAGACGUGUCAAAAAAUAUCGGUCGUUUCCGUAAAUGUUUCGCUAACGAGUUGAAGACGUGGCGGCGCAGAGCCGGUUGGUUCUGUUCACACAGCCGUAUGUCGAAAAUGUGCGCUGUCUGCAGCGGCGACGCCCAACAACCGCCGUGGUUCUGGUGUGAGUGGUUCGCCAUCGCGUGUGCGAAGACAUGCUGUGUACUGCGGACUCACUGGAGCGCUGUUUAUGUCCCUGAUGACUUGCAUGGCAAACAGUGGCCCUAUAAUCCCAUAUAUGCCCAUCGGUGUACUACUGUGUCUGUCAUUUCAAUCUCUGCUUUUCAGUGCAUUUUUCGCGUUACCGUUGUGUGAAGAAGAACCCUGUGUUGCUUCAAUAUGAAAUAUCAUUUGUAAGAAAUGCCAUAAGACCAAGGUCAUACCAAGUGUCCUAUUUUGUUAUGAGUUAGUCACAUGCUUGAGGAAAAAAUAAUAAUUAAUGUGUGGUACAAUGAAGAAACUCUUAUAUUUAAGGCAAAAAAGAACCAUAGACGGAUUUAACUUUCGCCACAAUACUGAUUCUCUUUUUCUCUUCCUUUAUUUGUUAGUUACUGCUGAAAGUUGAAACAUUUCUCAAGGACUGUUAAGAUUAAAAGUUGUAAAAACCUGAAAAUGUAAAUUGUAUUUAUGGAUGAAAUAUAAAGGUUAUCAUGACUCAAGGGUAAUUAAAAACGAUCAAACAAAUAUGAGAGAUGCUACUGAAUUAUGUGAUUGUCAUUUAAACGCAUGCCUAUUUGCCGACCACUUUUGCUGAUGCCAAUAAAGGAAUCAUCGAUA